GUGGUGGGUCUGUACCGGCUCUGUGGUUCUGCCUCAGUGAAGAAGGAUCUGAGGGACUGGUUUGAGAGGAACAGCUCAGCAGUCUGUCUCAGUGAAGACCUGUACCCGGAUAUCAACGUGCUCACAGGUAUCCUGAAGGACUACCUGCGGGAGCUGCCCUCCCCCCUCAUCACCUCCUCCCUGUACCAGGUGGUGAGGGAGGCCUUGACCCUGCAGCCCCCCCCGGCCCCCCCCACAGCCCCAGACCCCGAGCAGAACCGGAGAACCGUGGAGCUGCUGACCUGUUUGCCCCCGCCUGAGAGGGCCACCCUGUCCCUGCUGCUGGACCACCUGAGCCUGGUGGCCUCCCUCAGCCCCUGGAACAGGAUGACCCACCAGAACCUGGCGGUCUGCUUCGGCCCGGUUCUGCUCACCCCCACCCAGGAGGCCUGGAGGGGAGGGGGAGGGGGGGGGAACACAGGGGGGGGGGGGAAGGCGUUGGGGGAGGAGAGUGCGGUGGACUUCAAGAGACACAUCGAGGCUCUGCAUUACCUGCUGCAGCUGUGGCCAGUGCCGACCAAUCGAGUGCCAUCAGACGACCACAGCGACGCCUCCCCCCCCUCCCUCCCCCGGCCUUACCCAAAACCCCUGCGGAAGAAGCAGCCUCGGCUUCCUGUGCUGCGAUUGGCUCAGAGCCCCGAACAGGAAGUGGUGUCACGCCGCGGUCGAGACGCCCGGUUGGAGAGUCCGCCGCCAAUCAACCGGUACGCCGGGGACUGGAGCGUCUGUGGGCGGGACUUCCUGUCCGGACAGGAAGCCGACUAUGACGAGGUGGCAGGAAGCGACAGCGACGGAGGCAGCAGUGAUGAAGAGGAGCAGAAGAAGAGGUCCUGGUCUUCAUCAGCAUCAGGACCAGGUCUUUAUGUCGAAGAGUUCCUGGACUUUGACGCUCCGUUCAACUGUCGACUCAGUUUGAAGGACUUCGACACUCUGAUCCAUGACCUGGAGCGAGAACUGAUCAACAUCUGCCUGUAGAUCCUGAUGUUCCUGAUGGUUCUGAUGGUUCUGAUGGUACCUGAUGGUUCUAAGGUUCCUGAUGGUUCUGAUUGUUCCUGGUGGUUCUAAGGUUCCUGAUGGUUCUGAUGGUUCCUGAUAGUUCCUGGUGGUUCUAAGGUUCCUGAUGGUUCUAAGGUUUCUGAUGUUCCUGGUGGUUCCUGGUGGUUCCUGGUGGUUCUAAGGUUCCUGAUGGUUCCUGAUGGUUCCUGAUAGUUCCUGGUGGUUCUAUGGUUCCUGAUGGUUCUGAUGGUUCUGAUGGUUCUAAGGUUUCUGAUGUUCCUGGUGGUUCCUGGUGGUUCCUGGUGGUGCUAAGGUUCUUGAUGUUCCUAUGCCGUCAAAGCAGAUUAUUUAUUUCUUGAUCCAAAGGUAAACGUAGCUCUAAACUGAAGGAGACAUGAGGGAACUAAUGUCGGUUCCCUCAUCAGAACAGUUUUAUUUUUAUUAUUGUUAUUAUUAUUGUUGGUGCAGUGUGGACCCUCUGAAGAUGUGAACGGGGUUCUGGUGGUUCUGGUGGUUCUGGGUAUCAGGGUAGCAUCCUCUCGGGCUGUUUACACUGCUGAAGCCAUAAUCUCUAUUUUACUUGUUACAAUUUUGAAGGGAACGUCUUGCAGAACCCAUUGCGCUGCUGCUUCUCCUAGUCCUUCCAGGUUCUCCUUCCAGGUUCUCCUUCCAGGUUCUCCUAGUCCUUCCGGGUUCUCCUAGUCCUUCCGGGUUCUCCUAGUCCUUCAGGUUCCUGUUAGUCCUGCAGGUCCUAAAGGGUUCCUGUAGGGUUCAGGUUCCUGUUGGUUCUUCAGGUUCCUGAUGGGUUCAGGUUCCUGUUGGUUCUUCAGGUUCCUGAUGGGUUCAGGUUCCCCUGGAUUCCAGCAGAGCGAUGUGUUCUGCAGAGGUUCUUCAGUAUUUUGCGGUACAGAGUGAUGAAGGAAUCCGUACUGAGGGUUACAGACAGAAGCUGUUUACUGUUUGUUUCUCAUGUUUGUUGACAGUAUUGUUUGUUGACAGUAUUGUUUUGUUGACAGUAUUGUUGU